UUAACCACCCCACUUUCCCAAUUAGCAACUGUUCCUUUGCUCUCAGCACGCUAACUUCUCACACUCUCAAAUCUGCAAACUUCUCUGCACAUGCAUUUUCCUUUACUAAUUUCCUAAUUCUUUUCCUUUUUCCGCAUCCCAAAUCUACCAAAAAUCUCCCAACACUCUCCCAAUGACUCCUCAGUCCCACUGAGAAAUUCAGAAAUUAUGGAAAGGCAGAGAAGUUUCUCUUUCAAACCCACCAGAUUCUUGGUGUUUUCUUUCACCAUCUCUUCAUCUCUAAUCUUUCUCACUUUCUUUACCAUCUGGCUUACUAAAUCCACCCCUUCAAUCCCCCAAGAAACCCACUUCCCGUCCGUAGCUAUUCAGACUAUAACCGGCUUCAGCGGAAAUUUAUCCGUAAAUGCUCUGAAAGAUUCGAUCUUUGAAGGUGCCCAUUUGAGUAAACCGGAAAAUGCAUCUGGGUUUUCUGGGGCUUCACUUACAGGUGAUUUGCAGAAGAAGAAGAACGAAUCCCAAGUUGCAGAACACGAAGAGGGAGGAGCAGGCGGUGGGCUAAAUGGUAACUUCACAUCGAUGGAGAAAAGUGCUCCGGCAAUCCUGUUUCUGAAGAUUGAGAGUACUGAAGAGCAAAAUGCUGAAUUGAAUAGGACUGGAGGGCAAAAUGCUGAAGUAAAUAGGACUGGAGGGCAAAAUGCCGAAUUGAAUAGGACUGGAGGGCAAAAUGCUGCACUGAAAAAGAUUGAAAUUUCAAGUGAUGGAGUGGUUGAAGAGAAGAGAGUGAGAGGGUGUGAUUUUACAAGAGGGAGGUGGGUAUAUGAUGAGAGCUAUCCUCUGUACACAAAUGUGUCCUGUCCUUUGAUAGAUGAAGGUUUUAAUUGUCAGGCCAAUGGGAGAAAAGAUAAAGACUACAUGAAGUGGAGGUGGCAACCGCAAGAUUGUGACAUUCCAAGGUUCAAUGCUACGAAAAUGCUGGAAUUGAUGAGAGGGAAAAGACUAGUUUUCGUGGGGGAUUCGAUCAAUAGGAAUCAAUGGGAAUCCAUGAUGUGCAUGUUGAUGUCAGCUGUAAGAGAUCCAACUAGGGUCUAUGAGACGCAUAGGCGUAGAAUAACCAAAGAGAAGGGGAAUUACAGUUUCAAAUUUGUGGAUUACAAGUGCACAGUUGAAUAUUAUGCGUCCCAUUUCUUGGUUCAUGAAGGCAAGGGAAGAGUAGGUCAGAAGCGGGUGCAAACCUUGCGAAUUGAUUCCAUCGAUCAUGGAUCAUCUAGAUGGAGAGGAGCUAAUAUUUUGGUAUUCAACACUGCUCAUUGGUGGACCCAUUACAAAACUAAAGCCGGGAUUAAUUACUACCAGGAAGCGGGCCAAAUUCAUCCGCAGCUUGAUGUUUCCGCGGCUUUCAGAAAAGCUUUGAUGACUUGGGGAUCAUGGGUUGAUAAACACUUCAAUCGCAAAACCCAAGUUUUCUUUCGAAGUUCAGCACCAUCCCAUUUCAGGGGAGGUCAAUGGAAUUCGGGUGGGAGUUGUAAGGAAGCAACCCAACCCCUCCAAACUUCGAGCUCUUCUUACUCUGAGAAGAAUACAAUUGCAGAAGAGGUCAUAAUGCAGAUGAGAACUCCUGUGAAAUUCUUGAACAUAACCGGCUUGUCCGAAUACAGAAUCGAUGGUCAUCCGUCUAUAUAUGGAAGAAAUUCUAGAAAGUCGGGGAUUCAAGACUGCAGUCAUUGGUGUCUUCCUGGCAUUCCUGAUGCAUGGAAUGAAUUGUUGUUUCUUCAUUUGCUGCAGUAAUUGAGGCUAAACCGGUUUUUGUUUCAUCUGACUUGUAUAUAAUUCUUCCUUUCAAGGAUAUUGCUAUUCACACUCAUUUUUACCUCCCACACACUCAUUGUUAUUUUUAGCCAUUGAGCUUUCAAUUCAUUCAAUCCGACGAUCAAAAGUUAAAUGAAAUGUGUGAGAAGUAAACAUGUUAUAAAUUUGUUCACUUUGCUGCA